AUGGAGACGGCAACCCUCCUCUCUUCCCAGCUCAGGAGAAGCACCGGCUGGGGUUCUAUCAUGUCCUGCUUCACCCAAAUAUGGCGCACAGAAGUGCCGGACUCCCCUCCGACGAGUCCCACCAGCCCCGUCCCGGCUGCGCCCCACGAGAUCCCCAUCCCGCUCAGCCCAAUUGUGAUCACCUCGCCCUCCUCCUCCUCCUCCUCCUCCGACAGCAGGCCCGCAGUGUGUUCCCCGGUAUGUUCCCCAAUUCGAUCUCCAGUCUGCUCACCCAUCCGCUCCCCCGUGGACGGGAAGACGCGCCUGGGCUCUCCGACGGACAGACCCACCUCUCCCAUCGAGUGCUCCAUCUGCUUCAACACUUACGACAACCUUUUCAAGACCCCCAAGAUCCUUCAGUGCAACCACACCUUCUGCUUGGAGUGUCUUGCCCGCCUGGCCGCGGCCCGUCCCCGUAACUGCGUCGAGGAUGAGCUCCCGUGUCCGUUCUGCCGUCAGAUCACCGAGAUUCCCCUCGAAGGGCCGCCAGGCCUCCAGACCAGCACAGACGUCUUGACCACUCUGCCGCCCGAACUCCAGCGGGAGAAGAUGAUCUGGAUGGAAGGCACUAAACUUUGCUGCCGGCAGUCGUCCGACCCAGAGAACGCCGACGCCUGCAUCAGCAUCGACAUCGCCCCCAGCAAACCGGAAGUCCCAGAGUUGCCCCCGGAAACCUUCAUGGGGCGGCUGGCACGCUGCGACGUGUGCGAUGACUGGAAACGUGUCCUCCUUCUCUCGGCGCUGAUCAUCAUCCUCUUCUGCAUCAUCCUCUGGCCACUGCACUGUGCCAUGAAGACAGGCAACCUACGUUGCUUUGCCAGGACAUACACCAUGACCAAGCCCAAUUAUGUGACGUAUCACCACCCUACCACCCCAGCCCCAACUAUGGCCCCUGUUGAUCCCAUAGACUGAUCUGAGGCUAUGCGUAUCAUGGGGUGCUUUCUCAGGAACCGAAUGGGAAGGGAUGGACUCAAGCGAGGUGGGGAAUCAUGCUUUCUGCACAUGAGGCCCUCGGUCCAAAUCCUGACCUUUCCUGUUCAAGAAUGAUAGUCAUUUUUAAAAGGAUCAUGUAGCACAUAAUGGGAUAAACCUUCUGCCUAAACCUCUCAAGAGCUGCUACCAGUCAGAGUAAGAUAAUGCUGGAAGGCUGCAUAGACACACUCUCUGCAGGGGCGGCAGUUGCAACAUAAUUCACGGUUUUCUCAUCGGCUCCUCUGCGUUGCCGCUUGAUCCCACCUUGCUGCUCUUUUUAUGCACUUCUAAUGUAUUAAAAGCAUUGCCUGUUAGGUAUUUAUGCCACUGUAUGCUGAUUUAUGGGCAUGUAAAGUUGAAUUGUGAUGAUGGGCUACAUCUGUCUUUCAAUACCAAUGCGUAUUCUCACAAAGGGGCAGCAAUAAAGCGACAUCGACAGGAUUACUUACUGUGCAAACAGAGCCCACUGCGCAAGAGGCCUGUUGUGUAAUGGACACCAUAGCCCUGUGCGCCCUGUGGCAUAAUGGGAUGCUUUGCAAGACAUCCGGAUAUGCAUCCUUGCAAUUGACUAAAAGGGGUGCAUCUCACAUCAGGGAUAUAGGUACAUCAUCUCAAAGCCACAUGCAACAGCCUCUGAUCCAGGCUUCAAGCAUCCGCUCUUAUAGAUACCAAAGCUGCCCCCCAGUUUAUGUCCUAUGUCCUGUUAUUUAAUGGAUUCAUUUUGUUACCUAAAAUACACAGAGGCAGGCCUUUUACAAGGUUGAGACAAUACUGUGGCCACCUUUUCUUUUGGACAUCCACCAAAGACCAGUGUUAAUAUGUGACGGUGGAAGGAUAAGUAGAGGAAUACAAGGACGCUAUUUCGACAGACCGACU